GACAUCAUGAUAGGACAUUUGGAAAUGAUGGUUGUACCUAAUAAUUGGUAUUGGACAUCAUCUGCUCAGUUAAGUUUGGUGUUGGUACCUCAUUGGCUAAGGAAAGACAAUGUGGGCCUGCUCCGUCAUUUCAAACAAUCACCUCAAGCUUUAUAUUGCACUUCUCCAAAGUAUAUAGAACGGCCAAAUUCCUCAAACCCGGUAAUAACAAUGUGGGUAAAACUUGAGGGAAAACCAGACUUUGAAGAGGUCGUCGUCGAAAAAUCUGAUUAUCAAAAUAAUAAUCCAAACGUACACAACCUCAAGACUCUUCUUCGCAAGAGGAUCGAAAUCCUUAAAGAUAUUCAAGAACGCGAUAUCGAGCUUUUCACAUUCCCUGAUACAAUAUUUAUACCAGCGAAAACCACCCUCGAAUCCCUAGAUAUCAAAAGUUCAACCGAAGUUCUUGUUCGGUACCCACUCUCAAAUUUUAGUAUUAAAGUGAAUCUCAGGUUUUACCGCACCAUGGCCGAAUGUGUAAUUCCACAUUCUAGUGGUUCUCUGAGUUUAUUACGAGAUGCCGUAAAAGCAGAGUUUGACAGAUUAGAGAAGAUAUCAACGAACGACCUCUAUUUUGAAUAUACUCAGGGCAAGUUGAAAAAGAAAAUUGACAGUGAACUUCAUUUCAACAUCAUUGUGAAUAAUACCAAGCCAAACGAUCAAACCGAGCAUAUUCUCGACCUCAAAGUUCAAAUAAAAGGCCAAAAGGCGUACGAGGAGUGGAAAAUGAGCGAGGUUGCCAAACUUUACAAUGAUGCAUUUAAGUCUAGUGAAACGAUGGCGAAAUUCUCCAUAGAUGAUCUUCCAGAAUCGUCUCCACCCCUGACUAGUGAAGAUUUGGAAAGCUUUAUCAAUCAACUCAAACAGAAGUUGCUUGCAUUCCAAGCGGUUACCACCAACGAGGCCACAGCCCGUGAAUUCAUUUCCAUCUUUAUGACAUGGGCAACUAGUCAUGUCAGAAAAAACAAUGACAACACGACACGAUUAGCGGUAGAAGUUGACCUCGAUGGGACCCGUGGAUAUGGCAGUGUGGAUUAUGGAAACUUUAUACAAUACCUUUUGACCUUAGUGACUGAAGCUAAAAUGUCAGAAAUGGAGAAGGGUGUCGCCAAAAAUCUGAUACAGAUUUACAGUGCAGUUGAGGAAAUUCAGCGAUUAGGCAAACGAAAACUCGAUGAAACUGAUUUCGAGAAUUCUCCCGUAAUAUUUGGUAUUGUAACUACUGGAAUCCUUUGGCGCUUCAUCCGUGUGACUGGUCCAUUGGGAUCUCAAAAAGUUGAAAUCACUGCGGAAUACAAUUCUGGGCUUGGUAGCGCAACAUUCAGCAAUACGCAAGAUGCAAAAGAUGUGCUUUCUCAUAUUGUCCGG